CGUUCCCACAGAAGUGUGCGCUGUGUUCACCCAUCUCUGGUAACGCACUUUGUAAGCAGACUGUCUGCAGGAAAGGCGGGACCUAGAGUAGAAAUCACGCGAACAAGCGACGCCGAAGCACACAAACUAGCGAACUCCCUUGUUGGGUGCGGAUGGCAUAAGAGUCAACAGGUUGUGUUGAGGGAGGCGUGGACCUAAUUAGGCUUACCGGUAGCGUACAAAACCUGGUAUUCUAUUCUGUUAACAGACAACUGUACAGUUUAAAAACAUCACAUUAUCAGAGAAAAUAUAUUGGAGUAAACGACCCUUUUGUCAGGUUUAUUUCACAUUAUUGGAAUCAACGAGAUGUCCAAAUUUCGUGCUUCUGAUUCCGAUAGUUGUGACCAUUCCAACUCUGCUGAACAAACAUCCUUCUCCGAUCAAGCUGAGGUCCACGGGCACGAACAACUGGAUUCGGACAAUGAACGGUCAGAACUGGAUGCUGAAGAGACCGGAGACAGUGAACAAGACUCGGGUAGUGAAAGCGGACGUUUUCCACAGACCAUUCGUGACGCUGUCAGCCGCGUAUUCCAGGGGUAUCACUGGACACUCGUGCCAACCCCUACUCGCCCCAGCAGCUCGGACAAGCGGAAACCCCACGUGAAACGACCCAUGAACGCCUUCAUGGUCUGGGCUCAGGCCGCUAGAAGGAAGCUGGCAGACCAGUACCCCCAUUUGCAUAACGCUGAACUCAGCAAGACCCUCGGGAAACUGUGGAGGGUGCUAAGAGACGAAGAAAAAAGGCCAUUUGUAGAAGAAGCCGAACGACUGAGAAUCAUCCACAAGAAAGAACAUCCAGACUACAAAUACCAACCCAGGCGACGAAAACCCAUGAAAGGCAUUCAUGUGAACAACCCUACAGUAGAGAAUGUAGUUGGAAUGCAGGGCGCCACAGUCAUGUUCAGGUCACUAAAGUCAGAGAAAGAGAGCCCCACUGGUGGUCAGAGUCCUGUAGCUCCUAGUCCUCAACAAACCCCCUCACCGUCAUCCACUCAGGGACCACCAACUCCCCCAACAACUCCAAAUCAAAGAGAAUCUGCUGUGGGAGGAAGACGGGUGAUCGACAGUCGGCGACGUGUUCACCUUCCCAAACAAGGUGAACAAGAAGGGCAGCCGAUUGAUUUCAGUCAUGUAGACGUUGGUCAGCUUUCAACUGAGGCCAUCGGUAAUUUUGAUGAGUCCGAACUUGAUCAGUAUCUGCCUCUUCAAAAUUGUACUUUUCCUUCCUUCAGAAGCACACUCGCUAAUCAAAAUACACAAACGCCAGAGAGUUCGAUAAAUACUUACAGUUCUAACUGGGUCCCCAAAUCCUUGCCGUCCAUAACAACCACGUCUUCUUCGAUAGAAACGGGAUCCUAUAGAGCUCAGUGUCUCAUCCCACCAAACGGUUCAGGUCAGCAAACAUUGGAUCAAGUGCCCGCCCGUCUGUCCACUGGUGCUUGUCCAAAAGUAGGUGUUGUGACUCCACUCCCAGCCUGUAACACCAUAACGAGCCGCCAUUCCACCAGCCCGUUGGCACGCUACUCUUGUUCGGACAGUAACAGUAAUAGUAGUAGUGGUGGCCAAGAAGAUUCUGUCAAGUUCCAAGAACUCACACCGGUUGUGAAACCACGUGGUCGAACCUCCACUUCUGUUCUCAUGGGAAAUGCUGUUGAUCUCCAGAACAUGAAUACUCAUUGCAACUUCGCAGACGACACUCCUUUCAAUACAUCUCCAAUUGGUUACGGCAGUCUUCCACCACUAGCUCCUAUCAACACAUCUCUAUACGGUUACUACGGCAACCAAGAAGGCUCUGUGAUGUCAGCGUACCAGUAUCCUUCUUCGUCUGGUCCAAAAUCCAUUUACAGAGGAAUGGGUAUCUACGAGGAAGUGUGGUCAUCAUACGCUUAACUGAGGAAUCAUCUUCAGCUUUCCAAGAUGUUCCACUGACUUUGCUGCCAAAGAUAAAUUUCUCCUCCCUUUUUUUUGUUUAGUUUUAUUGAUAAGCCACAUAAAUAGAUCAACUAAACAAUACCUAAUUUUUAAGUAAUCUUAUUAAUAAAAGUGAUGGCUGGGGCGAAUUAGUGUUGAACAAAUACAUGUGGUAUAAUACGCCCGAAUUACUAUUUUUAUACUGGGUUAGAUUUGUUCUAAGUUGUGUGUAUAAUUAGAUGUAAGUGCCUUAAACAGGAUGGCAACAUUGAAGUGGGUAUCAUUAGUGUUAUGAUUUGUGCAAUAACAUUUUGUACGUUAAAAAGAAAAUUUUAUAUUUUGAAAUAGUGCAAUUUUUUUUUUUAUCUUUUUGUCGGUAGCCGAUUUCCAAUUUAUAGAAGGAGAGCAAAAUACUUUUAUCCGAGGUUUCACUUACAUCGAAUUUUUUUUGUACAAACCAGAAUUUACGUAAAUGUCUAUUGAUGUGGAAAGCGUAAUUUUAACGCGCUAAAGUUUUCCUGUGUUUUUUUUCUUUGUUUUUACGGAAACAGUUCAUUGGCAAA